CCACAAAUUACCACACGCUCAUAUCUUGAGAUGCACCAUGCAUGACCACGUUGCAAAUCAUGCGUCAGGAGUUCAUAGUUUUCUGCAUGUUAAUUACUGAAAUUCAUUGGGGGUCGAUCGAUCGUAGCAGCAUCACAUAUUUGCAUUGGCUUCUUGCUCCUUUCCUUCCAGCCAUCGCUGUUUCUUACCUGGAACGUGUGUCCCUGGCUGGUCCAUAAUUGUGUAUACGGACAGGAGAAGUGUCCCCCAAUCGCUUAGGAGGCACAGCGAUGGCGUUUCCUUUUCCUUCUUGUUGGCUUCUUGUGUGUGUGUGUGUGGAAAAUACCAAUUCCAUUUUGCCACCCGACUUGGUCCCAACACGAAAAGUAUCCCACUGCACGGGAGACUCGACACUCGACAGUUUACUUCAGAAGAAGGUAGCUGCCCAGCUGGAGGAAGGAGAGAGCACAACAGCCAUUGGAUAUGGAUCAGGCGACUUAAAAAAAAUCAACUUAUUACCAUACAAAUUCCAAGCCAGUUUAGCUGGAUGUCAGUCACCUGAAUAUGAUAUUUGGGUCAGUCAAUUUCGAAGGAAGAAAGCAACAGCCGCCAGAGAGAGCGAAGGAAGGAGCAGCCGCCGGCCUGCCACGGAAGCACGAGCCUCUGUGUCUAUCCUAGGGGUGCAGGCUCACUAGGUUUGCUGGGGUUAGAGGGAUGGCUGGGGAAAGGUGGGGCGGAGAGGUUGGCGCAGGAGCGCCGCCGGCCACGGGCGGCGGUGUCAGGCGGUUAGGCCGGUGGUAGCUCGGGGUUCGGGCUAGAAGAUGAACAGAAAAACCGAUUAGAAGGUGUAGAAGAAAAAAUAGAAAAAAAAUGAUUCGGGUUCUGGCUGUUGGUUCUGCAUCGGAUAGCUAAAAACAAGUUGACUGGCCCUAAUUCAUUUUCAGUCGACUGGUCACCAGUCCCAUUCCAAGCAACUUACCUGCACGGCAAGAAAAAAAGAAGAGGAAGAAAAGACACUCGUGGACAUUUGAAGUUAUGUAGGCAUGUUUUGUAGUUGUUCGUGGACCUUCUAAAUAAUGGGAUCCAGAGACCUGGUGGGAGGCGAUGACCUGUUGUGUGAUAAUGCACAACAUGAUUGUGGAGGAUGAGGGUGACGAUGCUGUCGUAGGUCUUGUAUUUAAGAACAUGAAUGAUUUUAUUGAACUUCUAGACCAGAAUACCGCUACAUUUGAAGAGAUCGUUCAAAUGCAUUAACAAAUUCAGCAUCAAACAACUAAAAAGGAUUUGAUUGAUCAUCUAUGGUUGGUUAAAGGGAUAACAAUAUUGGGCGUAAUGUUUAUAUUUUUUAAAUUAGAACUACUGCUACAUUUGAACUAUUUUAGCUAAAUUGAAGUUAUAUAUGUGGCUAUUUAAGCAUGCUAAUAUUAAAAAAUUAUGGCCGAGUGUAUGAGGUUAGCAUCGAAUGGACGGUUCUUUAUCCGUUGUCCGCGGGGGCGCGGAAUAGUCUCUCUGUUCACGGAGUGAUGCGGAUCCGUGUUUGAGAUGACCUAUAAAAGAUCGGAUUGGGUAAUAAUUUCGUGACUGGGUAAUGACCCGGCCGGAUGUAUAGCGGGGUUUCCAGAGGUUCGGUUCUAGAUACUCUUGCAUGUACGGUCUAAACGAAAGGCGACUUCUCCAUCGAGAUCAUCGUCAGCUUACAUCACCUGCGCACUCAUCCCCCGUACAAAAAACGCCAGAUAUGGUGGCAGCUCGUAAGCCGCGCCAUCGUGUAAGCACACCAUUCGUCUCACUACGGACAAUGCGUGUGUGUGUGCGCGCACCAGAUUAACGAAGUACACAAAUUUUGACUAAACGUUGGCAACAAAUUUCAUGAGCACGAAUCCGACGAAGGCCGGCGGCUACAGAGAUAACGACGGUUUCAUAAGCUAUGCUACGUACCAUUACCAUGGGGUCACACCGAUGCCCACUACAAGUGAAGUGCCAGCGACGGUUCGCAGGAAACCAGAGGAACUAGCUAGCUCGAGGUAGGUGAUCAUGGCGCAAAAGGAGGCCGGCGUAGGAGCCACGAGCGGCGGCGGCAAGGCCAAGCCGCACGCGGUGGUGGUGGUGUACCCGCUGCAGGGCCAUGUCAUCCCCGUCACGCACCUCGCGCUGCGGCUGGCGGCGCGGGGCUUCGCCGUCACGGUCGUCAACACGGAGGCCGUGCACGACCAGACGGCGCGCGCUCUCGGCGUCGACCCGGCCGGCUAUGACUUCUUUGCCGGCGCGCGCGCGUCGGGGAUGGACGUGCGCUACGAGCUUAUCAGCGACGGCCUUCCCGUGGGGUUCGACCGGUCGCUGCAUCACGACGAGUUCAUGGGCUCGCUGCUCCACGCGCUCUCCGGCCACGUGGAGGAGGUGCUCGGCCGCGUCGUCGUAGACCCGGCCGCGACGUGCCUCGUCGCCGACACCUUCUUCGUGUGGCCGGCGACGCUGGCCAGCAAGUUCGGCAUCGCGUACGUGUCCUUCUGGACGGAGCCGGCGCUCAUCUUCAACCUCUACUACCACGUUCACCUGCUCACCAACAACGGCCACUUCGGUUGCAACGGUGAAAAAUACGAUUUUUGGAAUCCACUCCAAUAUGCUUAUGUUUCAAUGCAAUAGAGUGACACUAAUAUUUUUGCCCCAAAAAAUAUAUGAAUGUUUAGAUCACUAAAGUGAGGGAGUAGUAGUAAAUUUGGUUGCUGCAAAAUGGUUUGCCAUGCCAUCGAUUUUGAAGUUUCCU